GCGGGAUUUGACAGAGGUUUGCACUGGGCUGCCGGAGAAGAUCUGUACAGCAGGACUGUCUCUUCUCUCCCCGAGGCCCACACAGCAAGAUGAGUCAAGCCUGGGUGAAAUGGCUGCUGGGAGCCUGCCUGCUGGGCAUGGCGGCCGCUGCUCACAACAGUAACCCCUUCGCGGGCCAGCAGAGCCCCCUGGACCCCUGCUACGAUGACAACGGCGCCGCCCGCCGCUGCAUCCCCGAGUUCAUCAACGCAGCCUUCGGCAAGGAGGUGCAGGUGUCCAGCACCUGCGGUAGGCCGCCCUCCCGCUCCUGCAGCAUCGUGGAGCGCGAGGAGAAGCCCACGGUCCGCACCUGCCAGAUCUGCGACGCCUCAGACCCGCGCCGCGCCCACCCUGCGUCCUACCUCACCGACCUCAACUCCGCCCACAACCUGACCUGCUGGCAGUCGGAGAACCUGCACACCUCCCCGCACAACGUCACGCUCACCCUCUCCCUGGGCAAGAAGUUUGAGAUCACCUACGUCAGCCUACAGUUCUGCUCGCCUCGCCCCGAGUCGCUGGCCAUCUUCAAGAGCAUGGACUACGGCAAGAGCUGGACCCCGUACCAGUUCUACUCGUCACAGUGCCGGCGCAUGUACAACCGGCCCAACAAGGCGGUGAUCACCAAGCAGAACGAGCAGGAGGCGCUGUGCACCGACGGGCACACGGAGCUCCACCCGCUGUCCGGGGGGCUCAUCGCCUUCAGCACCCUGGAUGGGCGACCCUCAGGCAAGGACUUUGACAACAGCCCUGUGCUGCAGGACUGGGUAACCGUGACGGACAUCCGCGUGGUCUUCAGCCGGCCGCAGCUGCCCCGCGAGCUGGGCGGGCCAGGCCGGGAGGAGGAGGCGGGUGCGGCACCUGCCACGAUGCCACCAUACUUCUACGCUGUGGGCGACUUCCAGGUGGGCGGCCGGUGCAAGUGCAACGGCCACGCCUCCCGCUGCCUGAAGGACAAGGAGGGCAAGCUGGUGUGCGACUGCAAGCACAACACGGAGGGCCCGGAGUGCGACCGCUGCAAGCCCUUCCACUACGACCGGCCCUGGCAAAGAGCAAGCGCGCGCGAGGCCAAUGAGUGUCUACCGUGUAACUGCAACCUGCACGCCCGGCGCUGCCGCUUCAACAUGGAGCUGUACAAGCUGUCCGGGAGGAAGAGCGGGGGCGUCUGCAUGAACUGCCGACACAACACCGCCGGCCGCCACUGUCACUACUGCAAGGAAGGCUUCUACAGAGACCUGGCCCGGCCAAUCACACACCGCAGGGCUUGCAAAGCUUGUGACUGCCAUCCAGUGGGAGCUGCAGGCAAGACGUGUAACCAGACGACAGGUCAGUGCCCCUGUAAGGACGGGGUGACGGGCAUCACCUGCAACCGCUGCGCCAAGGGCUACCAGCAGAGCCGCUCCCCGGUAGCCCCCUGCAUCAAGAUCCCAGUGGUGAACCCUACUGCGGUGGUCAGCAGCACAGAGGAGCCUGCAGCGGAUUGUGAGUCAUACUGCAAACCAGUGAAGGGCAAUCUGAAGAUCAACAUGAAGAAGUACUGCAAGAAGGACUAUGCGGUGCAAGUGAACGUGCUGGACAUGGAGACAGUCGGGGACUGGGCAAAGUUCUCGGUCAACGUGGUGGCAGUAUACAAGAGUCGCGGAGAGCCACUGAAACGGGGCGACCACUUCCUCUGGAUCCACAUGAAGGACCUGGCCUGCAAGUGCCCCAAGAUCCAGAUGAGCAAGCGCUUCCUGGUGAUGGGCACCAGCGAGAGCGGGGCCGAGCGGGCGGGCCUCCUGGCCGACAAGAACAGCCUGGUCAUCCAGUGGCGGGACGUUUGGACACGACGGCUGCGGAAGUUCCAGCGCAAAGAGAAGAAGGGCAAGUGCAGCAAAGCAUGAUGGGAGAACAGCCCCCUUCCCGACAUGCCCAGGGGCACAGCACAUACAGAGACUGCAUGUAUCUUGCCCAUUUUAAGGACCACUUUGUGUAUAUUGUAUUAUUUUUUCCCGUUUUUUGUUGUUUUUCAUUUGCGUGUGACUUUCUUUUUUUAUUGGUCUGCCUUGAAAAGGGACCGUUAAAAAGGGUACGAUGUGUAAACGAGAGCUGAUACCAUUCCCUCUCUUGACAACGACAGCAAAAAAUGUCCACUUUUUUUCCUCAAGACCCUGCCAUAUCUGUUUUUCAAAGUAGGACACCGUGGUUAAGGUUAACUUUUUUCCAUAAAAAUCAAUGGAAGUGGUCAGAUAUAAUGACUGAUUUUAGUUUCAGCCUUCCCAGUCACAAAACCUACACAACCUCUGUCCCACUGCCUCUCUGAUCCUGGAAACUCUG